AUGGCAGGCGAAGAAGCUUCAGAAACCCUCGAGCAAGAUAUGGAACCCGAACCCCAAGCAGCUGAAGAGGAGCCAGCUGAUCCGACGCCUGCCACGUCUGAAAACAGCGGUGGCUUGAAGCGCGUUGGUGUCAUGGCCGGCGAACAAGCUUCAGAAACCCUCGAGCAAGAUAUGGAACCCGAACCCCAAGCAGCUGAAGAGGAGCCAGCUGAUCCGACGCCUGCCACGUCCGAAAACAGCGGUGGCUUGAAGCGCGCUAAGGAAGAAGAAAAGGAGGAGGAGAAUGUAGAGAAGAAAUUGAAGGUUGACGAGAAGUUCGUUGAAGAACAAAGGCUUGAGAAACCGGAUGAUAAUAAUGCGGAAACCGAGGAGUUGGGUCCGGUCAGUUUGGGUCCAAAGGUAUUUGAAUCGUCCCAGGAGAUGUUUGAUUACUUUUUCAAGCUUCUGCAUAACUGGCCUCCGAGUAUCAAUGUGAAUAAGUAUGAGCACAUUGUGUUACUGGAGUUGCUCAAGAAAGGUCAUUUGGAGCCUGAGAAAAAGAUUGGCAACGGGAUUAAAGCUUUCCAAGUUCGAUUCCAUCCUCAGUUUAGAAGUCGUUGCUUCUUCCUUAAAAGGGAUGAUGAAUCAGUCGAUGAUUUCAGCUUCAGAAAGUGUGUGGAUCACAUACUUCCCCUGCCAGAAAACAUGCAAACGAAAGACGGUGUCAAUAAGGCAUUGUCUGGGGGUGGAAGAGGUGGUCGUGGCCGUGGCCAUGGACGUGGUCGAGGCCGUGGCAGAGGAUGGUGA